AUGUCUGUAGAAGGAGAUUCAAAUGUCUACCCUUAUACUUCAACUUUUCAUCCAAUUCCAAAACGUCCUGUAUCGGAUGAUAUAACUGAAAUGCUUGAUGAUACACCACGUUAUAAAGAUAUUCUUCCUCCAAUAAAUAAUGAAGAAAAUGAUCAAGAAUAUUUACCAUUAACUCAACAAAUACCUAAAAUGUCAACAUUUGAUGAUGAUUUAGCUGAAAAAGUUGAACAAUAUUUUCGUAAUGAACAACAAACUGACAUUGAUAUGAUGGAAAUUAAUGAAUCAAAUAAAAAAAUCUUCUACAUGUCUACGAUUGGAUUAGCAAAUGAACAACCAACAAAUAUUGAUAAAAAAUCAAAUAAAACAAAAUCAUCAUUAGCAAAUCGUGUUAAACGAUAUUUUUUCCGCCCAAAUCAUAAUACAGUUUCUUCUUCUUAA